CAAAAGUAGACAUUGGCAGUUGAAGGGCGAGGCUUUAGUUCUAGCAACCCUCAGCAAGCUUUCGAAGCAAGUUUGAUCGUUUUUCUCAAGGCUUCUAGGAACGGAGGUAUAAGCCGAGGAAACUGGUUUCAACAUUUGGAGAUUAGUUAGAUGUUCAAAUAAGAUCACUGAGCAAAAUGUGCUCUGGCAAUAACCUGCAGUUGUUAUUGUCCACCAGGCUACCGGCUGCUGCCUUUUGAUCUUGCCAUCAGUCUUAACCCCUUAUCUACAUGGGGGAAUGAGUGAAGCUGAUGCCUGCUACAGAGAUGGAUGCCUUCCGACAUUCUUAUACUAGGCUGUGCAAAGAGAGUGGUGCAGAGCCUCAAGAGAGUAUCCUGCCACACUUGGAGGAAGCAACAGGAAGAAACCGCUUGGAUUUGGCCACGCAGAGCCUUUCUGUUGAUAGUUGCGGAGUCCUUGGCAAGCUCUUGCAGGAUGACCUCCAGUUCACUGAGCUCAUACUAAAUGAUUGCAUGCUGAAUGAAGAAGGGGCUAAGCUGCUAUUACAUGGACUUUGUUCCAAUACAGUUGUGAAGUUCUUAAAUCUGAAGGGAAACAACAUGCGAACUGUUGGGGCUGAAGCUCUGGGAAAGCUCCUCAGGCAAAACAAGACUAUCCAGAGGCUGACCUUGGAGUGGAACAAUCUAGGAGUAUGGGAAGAAAGCUUCACUAUCUUCUGUGAGGGGCUUGGUGCAAACCACCAUCUCCAGAUGUUGGACCUGCGCAAUAAUCAAAUCAACCACCAGGGAGCAGGAGAACUGGCCAUGGCACUGAAAGCCAAUUCUAGUCUACAAGAACUCGAUCUGCGCUGGAAUAACAUUGGGCUCUUGGGGAGCCGGGCACUUCUGAACUGUCUUCAUAGCAACCGGACAGUGCGGCAGCUCCAAUUAGCUGGGAACAAUGUACCAAGUGAUAUCCUGAAGGCUGUGGAUCAAGCAAUGGAACAUAACCAAGAGCGUCAGAAUAUUCUCUCCAAAAAUCGUAACAUGACAAAAAUUCUCAGCAAAGAGGUGAUGUGCUUGAAAGAAGAGAAAGCUAAACAGUUCCUGGAUCUAAUGGACACCAUUGACAAGCAGAGAGAGGAAAUAAACCAGAGCAACAAGAUAUCGUCAGCACGAGUCGGGCGUCUGCAGGAGGCCCUGAAUGAGCACUAUUCGGUGAUGAAUUCCCUAAAAGCAAAACUCCAGAUGACAGAGGCAGCUUUGGCACUGUCGGAGCAGAAGGUAUGCAGUCUGGGAGAACUUUUGAGCGCAGCAAAGGAGGAGCAAACAAAACUGGUGGAGGACCACGCCAAGGAGUUUCAACAACACAAGAAGAAUUCUUCUGAUCGUGAGGCAAAGCUUCUGCAGGAACUUUCAACAGCCAAUGAGAAUAAUAUCCAGCUAAAAAAUGAGGUGGAUGAGCUGGAAAGAAGAUGCAAAAUCCAGCAAGAGCAACUGUUCCAGGUGAAGGAGGAGCUGACCCACACCACUGCAGAAAUGAAACUGAGAGCUGUACAGGCUGAAGAGCGUUUGGAAAAUGAAAAGAAGCGAUUCAAGCAGAUCCUGAGUGAUGCAGAAUCCCUUCGUAUGAAGGAGGUGGGACAGAUAACUCAGCAUAUGGAGACAAGUGAACAUGCUCUACAGGAGCGCAUCCAAAGGCUGGAGGCCAUCCGCAUUGGACUCGAGGAGGAACUGAGCCAAGUGAAAGCUGCUGCCUUCAUUGAACGAGGCAAAAUUGAGGAAGAAGUCAUCAGAGCCAAAAACCAAAUCAGGUUGGAAGAGCAACAGCGCCUGGAGCAGAUGGAGAAGAAGCUGAGGCUGAUGAUGCAGUCUCGUGAUGAGGCUCAGAAUCACUGCCUGCAGCAGAAGCAGGCAGUGGCAGAAGCACACGCUAAGGAGGGCCAGUUGAGUCUGCAGGUGGAAGGACUCAAGAGGCGACUGGAAGACCUUCAGCAGGAGCUGGGCAGUAAGGAACAAGAGAAAGUUUCCGAGGUCAAUAAAGUGCGUGUGGAGCUGCAGGAGCAGAUUGGUCAUCUGGAGGCUGAGAGAACAGCACAAGAAGGGCUGCGAGGGAAGAUUGCGGCUCUUGAGCGCCAGCUGAAAGUGUUGUCCAGUAACCACCGGGAGGCACUAUUGGACAAAGAGGGUGAAAUCUCCAGCCUGCUUGAGAAAUUACGGGUUCGGGAAGCAGAAAUCUCCAGGAUAAGGGAAGAAGAAGCUCAGCGGGCCAGUUUCCUUCAAAAUGCCAUCCUGACCUAUGUGCAAGGUUCCCCAUUUGGCUCUCUCGGCCCCAAGAAAUGAAAUUGAGUUCUGCAGUUCAUAAGUCCCGUCUUCAAGGAAAGGAAUCAUAGGAGGAUCAUGGUGGCCAGGCCAGGCUUUCUUAUAUUUCUUGAAGACCAAAGAAUCUGCAUGGCCAGUUACCUGGAACUAAGUGUGAAACGUCACUGAAGGACUUGUGCCUGCUUUAGAAACCAUCUUAAUUUCUGUGCCAAAAUCUUGUUCAACCGCAGCAGCAAGAAUAGUCUUCAAGAUAAAGCCAUCUAUUCCCGUUUGUAGCCCACAGACAACGUAUGUCUACACAAGUUCUCCCUCACUGAUUUUUGGCCUCGAAUUUAGAUCCAAAAUGCACGUCGCUUCAGUGAUAGGAUUGUUCUUGGAAAAACUAAGGCUUUGAUGUAACCGACUCUUUUAAAUGUAUCAAUCAACAAACAGUAAAAAGAACAGUUAAGUCAGCCAAAUCAUGGAGCUUUUUCCUAUACUCCUUUACUCUGCAAGAUCUACAGCAUUCCAGAUAAUCUCAAAAGUUAAUGUUGGGUCUAGAGUCAUCUGGGGCUGUCCUGACCCAAUUCAGAACACUGAAUUUAUUUUCCAUGCCUGAGAAUAUCACUGUUUUAUCUAGUUUUCUAAGGAGGUCUUUUACAGUAACCCUUAGCCAUUAAUACCGGUUUCCUCUGGACUUAAAGGUGAAACAGAUAGAGGGUCCUAGUAGGGGUGGGGUUUGAUUUAUCCAUGAAGCUUUUUCAGUUUCAGUAAGGAGAAGAGGCAGCUUCUCUCACUGAUGACAACAUUCGAAAUGUGAGCCAGAAUAACUUCCAAAUAAUCCUGAUUUAGCUGUAGUUGUCUUGAGAACAAGAUGAUACACAUGGAACAAAGAAUGAUUUUUGGUUUUUAUUUUUGGUUUUAUAACUAGUAUGAAAAUGAAACAUUUGAAAUUUUGCCAUUGUUGUAGGGACUGGCUUGCAUUUAUUUCCAUAUAUAUUAUAAAUCUUUAAAUGGACAUGUUUAUAGGCAAUUAAACAUGUAAGAAUGUAUGUUCUUACAUAUUUGAUUGCAUAUAAAUAUGUCUAGAUUGCUUUGAUGGUACAUUAAAAUGGGUGAAUAGGUUUUAAAAUGGCAAAUACAGUUCAGUGUGAGGACUUUUCAAAUCAUACAUAUUAGAGCAAAACUUCUAAAUUUCACACAUAUUAAUGGGUCUGCAGCUAGCAGUGAUCAAGAAAAAAAAAUCUUGUCAUGGGACGCUUAAAUAAAGUGAUCUAAUGUGCAACAAAAAAGAAUUCUGUAGUAGAAAUUAUUUUAAAAGGAUUGAGAAUAAAACUGCCAAUGUAAUUUACAGUGCCUGAACUACUAUGUAAGUUCUGCUUAGUUCUCCUAAGAUAGAUUUGGAAAAGAUGCAAGCAAGUUAAUGUAUUAGGCUACUGUAAAAUGUGUAGCUUUUUGGUUUACUUAAAUCUUAUUUCUUGUUUUAGUUUAGCAAAGGAAGGUAAAGAGAAAGAGAAAAAACUUUCCAAGUUUCAGACCUUUCAAGCACAAAGAUCGGUUAUCAGGAAUUGCGGGGUGGGGGUGGGGGGAUAGGGGUUGUUGUUGCUAUAGUGUCAUACCAAAACUAGGAGGCUGUCAUAGUGGAAGAUGAGUUACUUUUGAUGCAUAUAUCCUAUGAUACGUGUCAUUAGUUUGUGAGUAUGAUUUAGUGAUUAGGCAUUCAAAAAUCAUGAGAAACCCCGUCCUAUUCCAAGUAGCUGCCCUUUUUCCAUCUUUCAUACAGAAAACCACCAUGGUGGAAUGAGAUGAGGACUUUCAAAGCAACAGCACCAAGGAAAUUUCUCAUUGAAAUUUAGGGAUUCUGGCUCAGGAUAGUCCUUUCCUUUUCAAAGCUUUGUCCACCUGUUUUUGCAGGAAAGUUUAGUGCUUUUUAUUCAUGCCUUUCUGAAAUAAUCAGUGCCCUGCAACCCGCCAAUGCCUUGGUAGUAAUACCAUUUGACAGAGUAUAAAAGAAAUAUUGUUUGUUGUUAGGUUUGCUAUAUGGAACAUGAGGCUAAAAGGGAAGAGCAGCAAAUCAGACUUAUCAUUAUUAUACAUUUCGACUUUGGCAACCAAGUCUGAUCUGCUUUCAGUGGUUUAUUGACGUUGUGGCAGGAAAUGUGACUUUUCAGCUGUGACACUAGUGCUCAGAUGUUUGUAACCUUGGAUUUAAUGGGACCCAUUCCCUGAAAGGGAGCAAUUUGUGGAUCUGGAGCCUUAUCAUAACCAAGAUCCUGGAUGGCUGAUAUUCGAUCUCAAAAUUUUGGAUAAAGGCAACACCUUUUUUCCAUGGUUUCCAGACAGAAGAAUGAUUAAACAACCAAAUGGCUCCCCCCAUCCCAUUUUUUAGUUUGUGAUUAGAAAUGGGCAGAUUGUACUGCUGCUAUGUUCACUCCUUACUGUUUUUAUUUUUAUUAUAGCCCAUGGCUGCUAUAUAAAGUGGCAGUUCAUUGAGAACUGUAGCUAUUUGAAAACUGCAGCUAAAACCAAUUGUUUGCACUGUGAGCAAACCUAAAUUCAAGGGUGUAUGACAGAAAGUAGAGAAAAGCCAUUCAACAUUAAAAGAAAUAAAACAAUACUUAAGCAGGAAAUUAAAAAAAACCAGAAAAAGUACUUUUAAAAGAGAGAAUCUGUAACUAAUUAGGUAAUCUUUCUCAUAUCACUAGAAAUUUGUUUUCAUUUUACAAGAAUGAAAUUAAGCUCAAGAGAUGGAACUCCUUUUCAGUAGGGAAGAGAAACAUAAAGAGUGAAAGAUGGGCAGCUACUUGCCUCUUCCUUUCAACUUUUAUUUAUUUAUUUUGUCACAACAAUAAAUGUAGGUAUCAUACAAAAAGAUUAUAUAGCAUAUAAACACAUAUAUGAGUAAAUAUUUGUCAUUAUGAGUAAAAACAUAUAUGAGUAAAAACUUGUCAUUAAAGGGGGGAGAUGUUGACUACGAAUGGGUUAAACUCAAGCUGGAUGUUGACAUAAAGAACUUUUAGCAUGGGGUUCUAAUCUUUUUAAAGGUUUAAUACUUGUGAAUUUGUUCAGGGUUAGACAAACACAUCCAGAAAUCUAUUAAAACCUAACAGUUGCUAGAAAGGAAUUUGCUCUAGUUACAUUUUAUGUAGUUAUUUUGUUAUCUGUGUAGUCUGUAUGAGUGUUAUCUACACAAGUAAGCAACAGUGUAAGCUUGUAAGAAGAAAGGAAUUAUACAUUGUCAAUAAGUUUAUAGACUGUUGCAAUAAUUAGAAAAUAUGGGCCACUCAUACUUCAUUCACACAAUGCAUCAAAAUUGUAAAUCCAUGUACCACGAAGAGGCUAAGCCUAGAAUGACAUCUGGAUUUAUAUGAUCUGAAGAGAACCUAGAGUAUAUAUUAAAUCUGACCAAGAAAUUGUGCUUAAGGAGAGCACCUUAAUCAUAAAUGACAAUCACAAUUUACUCUCAGUUUAUUCAUUUAAACUACAAUCUGUAGUGUUAUCUAAACUUAGUUGGGAGUAUUUUGAAAGAAAGUUUGUUUUUUGCUUUUUACUAGUUGAAUAAAAUAAUGAAAAAUAAAAAUAUACAAAGUUAUAAGAAACAAACAAAAAGAAACAUAUUUGUAUAGCCAUAUUUAAUUGUAACCAUCCAUAGUUUAUACCAAGGGAUUCAUUUAUAAAUUUGAGUUGAGUUGGUAUAUGUGAUAAUUUCCCCCAAAUAUAACUUACAGCACACUAUAUAGAAACAUAUUUAAAUGAAGCAUUAAUUCAAAGCACUUUAUAUAUAAAUAGUCUGAUAAGUCUGAAAUAUUUUAUUGAGUAAGACAUAAUUUAAGAUUCAUUAUCAUCAUCAUCAUCAUCAUCAUAUUUUUCCUGCAAAUCCUUUUGGGUCAACAGGCUUGCAUGAUCUUACAUGAUCAAGCACAGCAUCUGUGUCCACGUGGGCAUUUUUCAUGUCCACAUUUAUUGCGUCUUGCCAUCUUUGUUUCGGCCUUCCACAUGGGUACUAGAUCUAACUAGAUCUUUCAUCAUUUCCCUGAGACAUUUGAUAUGAAUAUUUAAACUCAGUUUUUCAUGAGUUGUCUUGAGAUUUGAGCCAAAUAAUACCUCAAAGACAUCUCUUGACGAACUGAGUUUCCUGCAUGUGGAUUUGCUGCAUUUUUCUGUUUAAAUUAUUGGCAGGAGCUCUAGGCAUCUAGAGCCAGAGGGUUUUUAAUAUAUUUUUCAUAGUGGUCUCAUUUUUUUUUCUUAUGUGAUAUACAUGUAAAAAUGCUAUUACAAAUAUAUGCUUCUUAUUCAAAAAAAACAAGGAAUGAGCUGAAUCUGCAUUUUAUUUGAAGUAUUGUAAUGUCUCUUCAUUGAAUAAAGAAAGAUCCAGAUGGUUUACUA